GGAAAUCGAUACUCAGGCCACAACCUCAGCAAACUUGAACAGCAGGAAUUGGAAGCACAGAAGAUCUCCAAGAUGACGAGCGACGACCAACAAUUCCUCGACUUGCUUGCGUCCAUCCCCCAGGACAUGGCGCACUAUGGCAGUCGCAUUGCAGACUACAUCGAGAAACAUACCAACGCCCUAGCCUCCGACAUCCGUGAUGCGAUAGACCAUGCAAGUUGGAUCCCCGACUCCCUGCGACCGCCACGACACGCUGGCAACGGCUCGUCUUUCUUUAUCCUUCCUCCCCCGCCUCCGCAAGGCAUCCUCGAGAAGACCACAGCAUGGAUCUCCAGGAACCGCACCAUGAUUGCCGUGUGUGUGGCUUUCACAGGAACAACUAUAUACAUGAUCCACAGACGGAGGAAAGCGCAUGCUAGAAAGAGACGGGCAAAGAAACUUCCCAAUGGCGCAAAGAAGGAAAUAGUUGUACUGGCUUGCUCGACAUUCCACGACGCCCUGACACGGUCUCUGGCUAUCGAUCUCGAACGACGAGGUUACGUCGUGUAUGUCACGGUGUCGUCCACCGAAGAGGACUCGCUUGUCCAACAAGAAGCAAAACAGGAUCUGCGCCCACUCUGGAUCGAUCUCACCUCUACUGUCCCCAAUCCAGCAGUCGAUGUGCAUCCUAACCUCGAACCAAUUCGGGACCACAUUACACAUGCCGUGCAGUCUCAGACCUACAUGAGUCUCGCUGGCAUUGUCGUCUUCCCAGGCUGCUCGGGCUAUGCCGAAGGCCCCCUUGCUCUUCUCCCACCCAGUGAUAUAGUCGACAACAUCAACACAAGGCUCGUCUCGCCGCUGCUGACGAUCCAACAAUUCCUCCCGCUCCUAGCAACUCACAGCACAGACCCGAAAUCCCCAUCUUCUAUCGUCAUCGCCUACCCUUCGAUUCCCAACUCUUUGGCUCCUCCUCACCAAAUCCCAGAAUGUCUAGUGGCCGCUUCACUUUCCGCGCUCGCAUCAUCCCUGAGACGUGAAGUCAAAGCGGCUGGUGCCAAUAUCACCGUCUCGGAACUCAAAUUAGGAAACUUUGACAUGGGAUCCGUUGCCUCUUCCCGGAGUACACCCACACAAUCCGCAUAUCAAGCACCAAGCUCAUCGGGACCUUCCUCGGCGUUAAUGCCAUGGCACUCUUCGCAACGGGCGGCCUUACAACGCAAAUCUCUUGGCCAGCGCAGUUUCGUCCGUGGGUCGUCCGCACGUGAGUUUCACAACGCUGUAUUCGAUUCGCUCGCGCCGCCACAAACAUUCAAAGCAUUCGGCCGUGUAGAGUGGAAAGCGACCCGGCGGCCCGAAGUUGUCUUUGUGGGCAGUGGUGCAAGAAUGUACGACAUCGUCGGUCGGGUCAUGCCAAACAGUCUGAUAGCCUUGAUGAUGGGUUAUAGAAGGCGUGCGGAUGAGGAGACUGAUCUAAGACCUGGCAGAGUCCAUCAAGUUGCUGAGCACAGCGGCCAGAAGAGGGACAGCUCAACAGGAAGUGCAGGUGCUGGUGUCGCUGCUUCGCCUUCCUGGGGCUCUGGCUCGGCAGGUGGCGAGAGCGGCAUUUGGGAGAAGGUCUGAGCGUGAGCGAGCGUACUUCUGGCGAGGAAACGUGGCGGAACGAUGAUUAUAUGACCUGACAUCUGAUUAUGAGGCUUCCACUCAAUUGAUAUAUGAAUAACACCAUCCACCUCAAGCGAAUAUUACGAUACACCUGGCACCCCUCGCUCUUCAGUUUUCGCAGAUUGUCAUUACAGCCUGACCAACGCACUACGACUUGUCACAAAAAUCGCUCGGUUGCCGCCCGAGUUAUCUUGCCACCACUCUUCGACUAUGCUUGGCGAAAUUCCGUCUGCGCCUUGUCGUCGCCAAACUCCAGCACGUCCUCCGCCAAGCUUCUGUCCCAAAAUCCCGGCUUUAUAUACCAAACUCACAGAAUUGUGCUCAACACCGGACCGAAUCAGACCUUCAGUCUGUCUGGGCUUGCAUCUUCCAGUAUCCAACCUCUUUAGUG